AUGUCAGAAGAUAAUGAUCCGCUCUACCAGCCGCAGACGGUAUUCCGUGCCCAGUUGUACUUCUGUACAGUUCUGGGGCUGCUCAUCUUCUUCCUGUUCUGCUUUGUCCGCUACAGAUUCCCGCUUGUAUACGGGAUUCGUUCAUAUCGCAACAAGAGGAUACGGCCACUUCCAGAUAACCUGUUUGGGUGGAUUAGAGUUCUUUAUUUGAUCACAGACGACGAAAUUUUGCAACUGGCAGGGCUUGACUCCUACGUGUUUUUACGUUUCUUCAAGAUGUGUAUCAUUAUGUUGGCCACACUUGCCCUCUUUGCUUUGGGAAUUCUCAGUCCAAUUCGGUAUCUACUGACGGGAAGUUUUGAUAAGGAUUACCCUGAGUGGGUUGUGCAGAGUCGCAUAUGGGACACGCUCAACAAGAAGGAGGACCCAUUUGCGUACCUGUUGGUUUGCACCAUCUUCACGUACGUGUUUACGGGUCUUGUGUAUUACUUCUUGUUCAAAGAAACUACACGUGUAAUCCGCACACGUCAGAGAUGUCUUGGAAAUCAGAAAUCGUUGACAGACCGGACGAUUCUGAUCUCGAAUAUACCCUCCAGGCUGAAUAACGAUGCUGCUUUGAGAGCCCAUGUAGAGGCUUUGGGUGUUGGAACGGUUGAAAGCAUCACGAUAGUGCGGGAUUACUCCGCGUUGGAGGCCGCUUUUGAGGAGAGAGCGGAAUUGGUGCGAAAGCUGGAGCUCGGCUACAGUCAGUACUACGGACUUGAUAUUCGUAUUCUGAGAAAGAAUGAAGUCCCUUCAACCACUUUGAGGGCGUCUGGAGACUCGGUCGUUUUGUCUGGUGGCAUUGACCGGGGCACAGAGAUUUUGGGUCCGGUUCCAUCUAAGAAGAGACCCACAACGCGACUGGGAGGCUUGUUCAGUACCCAGGUAGAUGUUCUAGACUAUUAUGCCCACAAAUUGGUCCAGAUUGACGCAGAAAUCUUGGAAUUGAAACAGAGAGAUGAUUUCAAGCUUGUCAAUGAUGCUUUUGUCACUUUGGACUCGGUUUCAGACGCCCAGAUGGCAGCUCAGGCAGUGCUUUCGCCGAACGUGUUCCAGCUGAUCACGCGUCUGGCACCAGCACCUCGCGAUGUCAACUGGUCACACUUCCUUCUGAGCGCAAAGGAGAAAUUCGUGCGGACAAACGCAAUUGAACUCACAUGUCUGGUAUUCUCUGCUCUUUUGAUUAUACCGAUCAGAUACAUUACACCUCUAUUGAACGUGGAGAGUAUUCGAAAGAUGUGGCCGGAUUUUGGUGAUUAUCUCAUAAAACACGAGCUUUUGAGAACGUUGGUAACAGGUCUGCUUCCUACUUAUCUAUUCACGCUGAUCAAUGUGGUGCUGCCUUAUAUCAUUUCUUUCCUGUCUAAUUUGCAAGGACUGGUCUCCAAGGGCGAUGCAGAGCUCGGAAUCAUUCGCAAGAACUUCCUCUACAUCUUUUUCAACUUGUUUUUGGUGUUCACAUUGUUUGGAACAUUUGCGAGCUAUAAGGCUUUGCUAAGUGAUACGACCAAAAUUGCUCCUGUACUAGCAGCUUCCAUCAAGAGACUUUCGUUGUUCUACGUGGAUUUGAUCAUUCUCCAGGGACUCACGAUGUUUCCGUUCAAAUUGUUACAAGUUGGUGAUAUUUUCCUAGUUUUCUGGCAGUAUGUGAUGUGUUUCCGCUGGCAAACUCCUAGAGAUUAUCGUGAUCUCUUCUACAAACCCGCGAUUUUCGAGGUGGGACUCAUCCUUCCCCAACACAUCCUCAUCUUCAUCAUCACGUUGAUAUACUCCGUCAUUUCCACCAAGAUCGUCACAUCUGGCCUUGCCUACUUCGUGAUAGGCUUUUACACUUACAAAUAUCAGUUGGUUUAUUCGAUGGUGCACAUCCGCCAUUCCACCGGAAAAGCCUGGCCAAUAAUUUUCAAGCGUGUUUGUCUCGGAGUGGUGUUUUUCCACCUCACGAUGCUCGGAACUUUGGCCCUGGAAAGGGCGUAUAUACUGGCGAUUUUGGUGGUUCCUCUGCUUCCCACAACGAUCAUGGCACUAGUAUUCUUUGAUCGCAACUACUUGCCUCUGCUGUACUACAUUGCUCUGGAUGCCAUCAAGACUUCCGGCGAGUCUGUGGAGGCACAUGACUUUGACGACACUGCUGUUGAGGACUCCGUGGUGUAUCUGCAUACGCCCACUCCGUCAUUGGCUCCAGAGCAACAGCCGUUAUUGGAGCGGUCUCUACGGAAGAGGAGAAGCACAAUUGACGAGGAGCGUGAAGAGUUUCAGAAUUACACACACCCGUGUCUUGCAGACCAAAUGGACGGGCCAUGGAUCGGGUUUGUGGGUGAUUAUAUCGAUACUGUCCAGUAUUACAUUGCUGUUGAGCACGGAAGUGAAAGUGAAAUAGACCAACUAGACCAAGGAGCGGAGCCAAUCACCUCUGUGAUCAUCCGCAAGAAGACAACUACAGUUGAGUAUGACUGA